UCGCAGGGUCAGCACAUCAUCACUCGAGCCGCUACACAGUCUGUUCCUGUUAAAAAUCGUGUUCUCUCCUCGACUUGGCGUUUAGUCCGCGACAAUAAUGGAAAACAGAAAAGAGAUGGUGAUGUUCGUGGAGGGAGGUCAACUUGGCACGCUGGUUGGCAAGAUAGGGUCCAAUUUGUCAGAAGCAGUAGGAAGCCCCGUUCAAGAACCACAGGAAAAGGUACUCCACAGAAACUGUUUGAGCCCCAGGUCGGUCCCUUCGUCGCGAAAAAGAGCGGAUGAGGAGGUGGAGGAUAUACGGAGCGACGUCUGCAGCGAUAUAAGGCCGGGUGGAGUCCCCUCUGCAUCGGGGAAAACUCAGUUAGAACUAACCAACAAAGGACACAGCAGCUCCGAUACCGAGUCAGAUUUUUACGAAGAAAUUGAUGUCAGCUGUACGCCCGAAAGCAUGGAUUACCCAAAUGGCAAAGGUCGCCCGGGCGACUCCCCAAACCACAGCAGCGACAGUAACGUUGAUGCGGGGAAAGCAAGCUCAGGCCAAGCAUCUCUGUCCUACGGUUCAGAUCAAAUGCGCCGGUACCGAACAGCCUUUACACGAGAGCAGAUCGCCAGAUUGGAGAAGGAGUUCUACCGAGAAAAUUAUGUGUCCCGACCAAGAAGAUGCGAGCUGGCCGCUGCUCUGAAUUUACCUGAAACGACCAUAAAGGUAUGGUUCCAGAAUCGGCGAAUGAAGGACAAGCGACAACGACUGGCUAUGACCUGGCCUCACCCUGCGGAUCCGGCAUUUUACUCCUACAUGAUGAGCCACGCUGCGGCUACCGGGAACUUGCCUUAUCCGUUCCCGUCCCAUCUGCCCUUACCAUAUUACUCUCAUCUCGGUGUUGGGGGCAAUUCGGCGUCCGUUGCCCCAUUCAGUAGCCCCUUGAGGCCGCUUGACACCUUCCGGGUCCUGUCUCAUCCGUACCCCCGACCAGAGCUGCUUUGCGCCUUUAGGCAUCCUUCACUGUACCCCACUGCGGGUCAUGGACUCAGCUCGGGGGGUAGCCCCUGUUCUUGCCUUGCUUGCCACACCAGCCAGUCAAACGGCUUGUCUCAGAGACCUUCCGGGUCGGACUUCACCUGUUCGGGCACCAGCAGAACUGACGCCUUUCUGACCUUCACACCCUCUGUCUUGAGUAAGUCCUCCACGGUUUCCCUGGACCAGAGAGAGGAAGUACCUCUGACCAGAUAAGAUUUUGGCCUGUUACCGUUUGGGUCAAACUUGAAAGAGUCCCAAAAAACGCUUAAUGAAUUUUGGACUUUCAGCAUGAGUAAAAUGCUAAUGUUGAUCACUUGCUAAAAGCAGCGACAACAGCAUAUCUCAACGAAACGCACCAGCUACACAAAGGGAACGGACUACGAUUGGACUUGAAACAAUAUUGCUUUUAAUCUAUGGCACCUGCGAAAAGGAAUAU